CGUAACUACGAGAGGUAAAACUGCCAACACUUGUAUUUGAAGUAAUUUACACGGAAGUCUAGAAAAAGACAAAGAUGGUCAAAGAAUGUAAAAGGAAGGGAAAAACUCCCGCCCUCAGGAGACAACGAGACAACAGCUGGGUGACCCCACCUGUUAUGGAGUCUGUUCAGGGAUGCAGACCAAAGAAAGUCAAAAAAGUUCAAGAUAAGACCCCCAGAAAAAGAAUAGGGGUCUCUGCAACGACCGGAGCCUCCACAACCUGCCAGGACGACAUCAAGAGGAAAAUGACAGAAGAAGCAGAGGGAUGUUCAACACCAACUAAGAAGAAGAAGAAGGGAUUCCUGCAGCAGGUCCAAACUAAAGAGACGUCCUCCUCAAUGGACAUCAGCUCAGGAGAAAUAAGAAAGAGGAAUCGGAAAAGGAAGGUGGAUGACUUUGAGGAACCACCAACAAAGAAGACAAAAAAAGAACAAGUGACUUCCCAAAGAGCCAAAUUCCAGGAAAAAUAUACUGAGCUGCAUCAACUCGGAGAAGGAGGCUUUGGAUGUGUGUUUGCUGGAUAUCGACAGAAGGAUAAGUUGCCUGUGGCUAUCAAACACAUCCCAAAAGACAAUGUGUUUCUAAAACAUAAGGAUGAGAACGGCAGGAAGAUGGCAUUGGAGGUGGCCAUCAUGUUGAAGCUGAGGAAUCUUACUACCAGUUCAUCAGGGCAGUUGGCCAUGGUGUCCCUGCUGGACUGGUAUGAGCUGGAGGAAGAGCUGCUUCUAGUGAUGGAGAGGCCCAUGCCUUCAGAGGACCUCUUUGUCUAUCUUGAUGAGCAUGAAGGUUGUCUAAAUGAGGAGGAGGCCAAGAUCAUAUUAAAACAGCUGGUGGAAGCAACGAUUCAUCUUCAGAAUGCAAAUAUCUUCCACAGAGAUAUUAAAGUGGAAAAUGUCCUGAUUAAGAGCAGCUCAGAAGGCCCACAAGCUUAUCUCAUAGACUUCGGUCUAAGCUGCUUUGACCGCGGAAGGAAAUUUGCACUUCUCCGUGGUACCCGUGAUCACAUCCCACCAGAAUUUCACAGUCUCAGGAAAUAUACUGCUGGGCCCACAACGGUAUGGCAGCUGGGAGUGCUCCUGUUUGAAAUUCUACACAACAAGAUGUUCAAAACCGUCAGUUUCCUCACAAACAAGCUGAAGAUCAACAAGAGCCUUUCCAAGAACUGCCAGGAUCUUUUGACCAAGUGCCUGAAGGAACACCCAAAUGAGCGUCCCACGCUGGAAGAACUAAUCAGUCACCCAUGGUUUUCUUAAACAUACACACACAGACAUUGGAGUUAUAACUUUUUAGUAUUUAGUUUGGUCUAAAUUAGG